AUGAAUUCAAGCAACAUAGAAGAUUAUUUCAGCUUUGUAGAGCAGUAAAAAAUAAUUAUCUAAAAUGAAUUAUAAGAUGUAUAGAUAGCGAAUGAAGGAGUUGUAAAUUUGAUUAUUGCUGCACUGUCUAAUAAUGAUAGCUAAGUUCGCCAAAAUGCAGAAACAAGUUUGAUGCUAAUUAGAUAAACAGAUGUUGUGCUUCAUACUGAAGAUGUAUUGAAAGCUAUUGCAAUUAGUUUGAAUCAAGAAACAUUAAAAUACAUCAUACCAUAUACUUUGUCUCUUAUCAAAAGCCUGAAGUAGCUAAAAGUUUUUUAAGAGGAUCAAGUUCUACUCAAAAUAUUAUCUUAUGUUUUUGUAGCUCUAUAAAAUAGAAACUUAAAUUAAAAUUAAACAAAGAUACUUGUUUCCUGCUUGCCUUAUCUAUUAGACUUAUCUUGCAGCGCCUAAGAGCCAGAUUGGUUCUUACUUACAAUAUUAAAAGAAUGUGAAAAGCUAUUUGAAUAAAGUGGAGAUAAAAGAGAUAUUUACAUAGGACUUAGUUUAAUUUAUGAACUAAUAAUGGAUGUAUUUACUAAUGAAAAAGUAAGAAAUGUCUUAGUUUGUAUUUUGCAAAAGAUGUUUAUGAUAUUAGAAACAAUGGCUAAUUUAGUUUUCUAAGAAAUCAUUUCUGCUUAAAGAGAUUUAUAAAAUUUAGAAGGAAAUUUACAGAUUUUAAAAAUGACAUGCCAAAUACUAACAAUAUCAAUUUAAAGGGUUUAAAAUGCAAAAAGUGAACUCAUGCAAAUAUUUCUAAGCAAUCUUCAUCUCAUGAACUUCUUCGAAAUGGUUAUAUAAUUUAAUUUCAACUAAGCAUUAAAGCUUUAAAAUUGUGAUCCAAAUAUUAGUUUAAUCACAUUCGAUCAAUCCCAAACUGCAAACAACUUGAUAUCUCUUUUUGAGUUAAUAGAUGGAAUCAAAUUUAAUUCUCUUAAAAGCUUAGUAGUAAUGAAUUAAUACUAUCUCUAAAAAGAGCAAUAAACAAAGUAGUAAAUGUUUGAUACUGUUCAGGUUCAAUAAAAUUACUCAUACUUUCUUCAAAAAUUCGAAUCUAUCCUAUUACACAUUUGCAAGUAACUACAUCUCUGUGUGAACAACCAAUCUCCCCAAUACUUAAGCCACAUAUAUUGCUAAAAAUCAUGCAUGAAAAACAUAGAUUUUGCUGUAGUUUUUAUAAUUAAUAGUGUCAACGAUUCAAAACUAUAUAAAUUCUUUGCUUAGAACUACUAAGACAUUUUUAAUGAAAUACUUUUGAGCCUAGUUUGCAACAACGUUAAGGAUUAUGAAAGUUAUUCUGAGGAGAGUGAUGAAUUUACAAAAUUAGAAUAAGAUUUAUACAAUAAUAGAGAAUCGGAUAUUUUAAAGAGUAAUGGCUGCGAGUUAAUAUUUAGACUGGCAGAAUAAAUUGAUGGCUUUCUAGCCUAUGCUAUUUCCUACUGCUGCAAAACAAUAGAACUAAUUUUUAAGGAACAUUCAGAUAAUUAAUUUAAAGAAUCUUUGAUUAAGUACAAAUCUUCUCUAUUUUUAACUUUAGAUAAAGCAAAUUAAAUAGAAACCAUACUUUUGAUAUUAAUCUUAUUGUCACGUCAAGCAGGGCAAAGAAGAGAUUUAACCAAAUAAAUAGAGAUAAUGCUGAAUAAUUAUUUCACUUCUGAUUUAAUAAAAGUGUCUGGAAUCAGCAGACUAAGGUGCUCUGCUUUGAUAAGCUAUUAUAGUAUUUAUUUGUUUACAGAUUUUGACAGACAUUCUAACCUAUAUGUUGCUAUUAACACAAAAUUAUUAUCAGAUAUGAUGGUGUUCCUCAUAAAAUAUUUAAAAAACAAACAAGAAGAAAAAGGAGUAAGUGUAGCUAUUGAUACACUCUUUAGAUUGAUUAAUACUUGGGAACUAAAAGGAUGCAUUGAAAGUAUCAUUACAGAUAUAAUAGAAACAUUAGUAGAGCUAAUAAAAGAUAGUUAAAAUGGAAUCUUUUUUGAGUUUCUAGAAAAAGUUAUUGACAAUUACACAUUUAUUAUUAAAAAUUAUGCUACAGAGAUUAUUAAAAAUCUCUGCAAUAGGAUCAAUAGAAUUCAAAACUAAAUAAAAGGAAAAAAAUAUGAAUCUAGCAUGCUCAUCAUGUAGUGCAUCAGCUGCAUUAUCUAAUUCGUAAAAGAUGAAAAGAUAUUCAAUGACUUUUAUAUUUAUUUUGAAGAAAAUAUCUUAGAAUUAAUCAAGUACCUUGAUGUAGUAGAGGAAAUUUAGUUUGAAGAUAAACUAUGUGAACUUUGUGUUUGCAUUUUACAGUAAUUAAGAGAAUUCGAAGAAUUGAAUGAAGUUAUUGGUAGGAAUUUAGAAAAGUUGUACUAAAAAAAUUGCUGCAGUAUAAGAUGCGAGUCUUUCUAUGAAUUACUUAUCGAGGUUUUUAGAAGCGAGUAUUUACUCUAUGAUAAGCAAUAUAUUUUGUGUAGUGUUUUUAGAAUAGCUAUUGAUUCUAUUAAACAACUUAACAUUAACCAGCUAACUUAUCAAUAUCCUGAAUUCAUCUAGGCUUGUUUUUUAAUUUAAUUGGGUAUUUAACAUAAUCAUGAUAUUUUCAAUAGCAAAUAAAAGCUUUAUGAGGAUAUUAUGAUUUAUUUAAUUCAACUCUACCCAAGUCUAACAAGUUAGUAGUUCUAUCCUUUAAAAUAUAUUCAAAUAUUCCUCUUUUUCUUCUAUUAUUAGCCUGUUCAAACAUUAAAUGCUAUAAAGAAUUCAAAUAUUUUAAUCCACUUGCUUUAGUAAUUAGAGUAAAAGUAUAUAGUCGAUCAUCUUGAACAACCUUAUGAUAGAAAAGUCCUUUCCUAUGGAUUGAUUGGCUUGAUUAAUAAUUGGCAAUAAUGCUCACUAAAUCAUAAUGAUGUGUCAAAACUAUUCAAAUUAGCUCUUUAUACUCUGAACUAUACUUCAACAAGUUCACCUGUUAAAUCUGACUAGUUUAAAGUUAUAAAUGAAUAUAAACAUAAAGGGUCAAUUGAGAAAAGUGCUAAAGUAAGCAGACCUUAAUUCAAUGAUGAUGACACUUGGCUUUAGUCGAAUGAAGAACCACUAGAUUUGUAUGAUAUUAAUGUUUCUGAUAUUGAAUAUGAAAGAUUGAACAAUUUCUACUACAAACCAGAAAGAGACUUUUACCCUAAAAUAGAAAAAUGUAAUCCCCCAGCUUACAAAUGUGACGAGUAUAGUAUGUAUCGUUAAAUGCUUAAAACUCUAAAAAAAAGUUAAGUUGAGUUAUUUAAUUUUAUUAUUUCAUCUCUUAAUGAAGAGGAAAGCAAACUAUACAAUUCAAUAGUCAAGGCUUAAAUUGUUUAAACAUCUAAUAAUUAGUAUUCAGUACGCUAAAUAAAGAAAAUUAAGAAAAAAAAUUAAUUUUAUGAAUAAAUAAACCAUGUAGUAGAAAUGGCUUAAGAAGAUAUUCAUUAAAAUAGCAAUAGCUCUUAAAUUAUUCAAUAAAAUAAAUCUAAUUUAAAUGAUAAAAUAAUUGAUGAAGAAAUUUGA